GAUCGUUGUCAUCCUCAGAAACAGCCGCUUAUUGGCAAACCGGUGUUUCACAGCUCGAGCUCGUCACAGCUUCCUGUGUGGUGUGGAGCUUGUCAGCUUCAUCCGUGUGAGUGCACACUGACAGACUCUGCUGGCAGCUAAAUCAAAGACAACAAGCAGAUCCAGAAAUCCAAAAUGUCAAACCCAGUGGUCAGCCAUCAACCAGCUGCAGGCAGCUAUGGGACAAAUGUCCAAACAGGAGAGUGGAGCACAGGCCUGUGCAACUGCUUCAGUGACUGGCUUGUCUGUGCUCUUGGUUGCGUCUGUCCCAUUGCACUGAGCUGCUACACGGCAGAUAAGUAUGGAGAAAACUGCUGCUUGGGUUGUGUGCCGGGAGGCACAACAGCCAUGAGGACUCAUAUGAGACUGACCUAUGGUAUACAGGGAACAAUAUUCAACGAUGCUUUGAUGACCUUUUGCUGCGGAUUAUGUGAGAUGUGCAGGAUGGCACGAGAAAUCCGCAUCAGGAAUGGAGAAGUUUAAUCUCAAGAAGAUAUAAAAGGAUUCUGGCUCACCAUGCAGUAUGUUCUGUUUGUUAAUGAUGUCCAGCUAUUGUGGAAGUGAUUUCUUUAGUCUUGUAGCAGGGCUAGCUUUCAUGCAGACAACAAAAAAUAAUCAGCUAAUGAAUUAUGCAAUUCAGUGAAUUACAUGUAAUGUUCUUCUUUACAUGUAGCCUUAUGUGCUUGUCUAACUGUGUGCCAAGAUGGUAGUAUACUGUUUUGCAUUACUGUAAAUAAACUGCAAUCACAGCAUGAUUAAUUACAUUUAAGCAUGGACCAUUUUGUACAACACUCUCAAUAAAAAAAUUGAUUGUU